GGGCCCCGCCUGCUCCGCCGCGGCCGUCGGCGGGAACAGUUCCGGGUCCGGGGUGCGCCGGGGGCAGGCGGGGGUUGGCGUCCUGGCCAUGGCCGGCCUCUCGGACCUGGAGCUGCGGCGGGAGCUGCAGGCCCUGGGCUUCCAGCCAGGACCCAUCACCGACACCACCCGGAACGUCUACCGCAACAAGCUGCGCCGCCUGCGGGGCGAGGUCCGGCAGCGCGGCGAGGAGCGGCUGCGGGAGGAGGCCCGGGCAAGGGGCGAGGAGCGGCUGCGGGAGGAGGCCCGGGCAAGGGGCGAGGAGCGGCUGCGGGAGGAGGCCCGGGCAAGGGGCGAGGAGCGGCUGCGGGAGGAGGCCCGGCUGCGCGAGGAGGCUCCGCUUCGCGCCCGGCCCGCCGCGUCCUCCCUGCGGUCGGAGCCCUGGCUCUCCCCGCCGGCCUCGGGCCUGGCCUACGCGACCUCUGGGGCCUACGGCGACAUCGGGGCCUCCUCCGCUUCCUGGUCCAGGAGCCGCGGCCUCGCCUACCCACCCCGCCCCGCGCAGCUCAGACGCCGCGCCUCGGUCCGGGGCAGCUCCGAGGAGGACGAGGACUGCCGGCCACUCGACAGGGCCGUGCCGGGCCCCGGCCACGGAGUCCGUCGGUGGUGGGCCUCGUCCCCGGCCCCGGUGCGGCCGUCCUCCGCCCUCCUCGGUCCCGACCCGCGCCCGGGCCUGCGGGCAACGAGAGCGGGCCAGGCGGGCGCGGCGCGGGCCCGGCCCGAGGUGGGGCGGCGGCUGGAGCGCUACCUCUCCCGGCUCCUGCUCUGGGCCAGCCUGGGGCUGCUGCUCGUCUUCCUGGGCAUCCUCUGGGUGAAGAUGGGCAAGCCCUCGGCGCCGCAGGAGGCGGAGGACAACAUGAAAUUAUUGCCAGUGGACUGUGAGACAAAAACAGAUGAGUUCUGUCAGGCCAAGCAGAAGGCGGCCUUGCUGGAGGUGCUGCACGAGCUGUACAACUUCCUGGCCAUCCAAGCGGGUAAUUUUGAAUGUGGAAAUCCAGAGAAGCUAAAAAGCAAAUGCAUUCCUGUAAUGGAAGCCCAGGAAUAUAUAGCAAAUGUGACCGGCAGCUCCUCCGCCAAGUUUGAAGCCGCACUGACCUGGAUACUGAACAGUAACAAGGACGUGGGCAUCUGGUUGAAAGGGGAAGACCCGUCCGAGCUGGUGACCACGGUGGACAAGGUGGUCUGCCUGGAGUCCGCCCGCCCCCGCAUGGGUGUCGGCUGCCGCCUGAGCCGCGCCCUGCUCACGGCCGUCACCAAUGUGCUCAUUUUCUUCUGGUGCUUGGCCUUUCUGUGGGGGCUCCUGAUCCUCCUGAAAUACCGGUGGCGGAAGUUGGAAGAGGAAGAGCAGGCCAUGUAUGAGAUGGUGAAGAAGAUUAUAGAUGUGGUCCAGGACCACUACGUGGACUGGGAGCAGGACAUGGAGCGCUACCCAUACGUGGGCAUCCUACACGUGCGUGACACCCUGAUCCCGCCACAGAGCCGGAGACGCAUGAAGCGGGUCUGGGACCGGGCCGUGGAGUUCCUGGCCUCCAACGAAUCCCGGAUCCAAACAGAGUCCCACCGCGUGGCCGGAGAAGACAUGCUGGUGUGGAGAUGGACUAAGCCCUCUUCCUUCUCUGACUCAGAGCGAUAAACCCUGGGCGGGGCCUGUUCCCAAUCAGCCUGUCCCCGGCCAGUCCCCUCCAGGGGCGUGAGAGGGCCACCAUCCUGCUGGUGCUGAGUUCACACUUGCCUUGACUAUCACCCUCCUCCUGACCCUGGUUCCAAAGGUGUCUCUGUGAGACUCUUCAGAGACAAGCUUUCAGAAGGAAAGCGUGGGCUUCCUCGAAAGGCCAGGGGAGAAGGCCAGGUGGGCAGCUGCCCUCUGCGUUGGUCCGAUCCUCUCUGCCCCAUUUUGCUGGCAGAAAGGGGAGAAGGGUUUUUCAUGGAAAGAUAAAAGCUCAGCAGCCAUGAGCCCCUGCAGAGCAAGUGUGCAGCUGGGUGUGUGGAGCACGCGGCAGGGAGGUGGGCCCCGCGCCCGUGGGAGGUGGGUCGGGGUGGUGGCUGGGACGGCAGGGGUUGGGGAGCAGCUUGGUCAUGUGCCUUCGGGGGGUGUUACGUGGGAGCUCAAGGGUGAGGGGAGAAAGCCUGUCCUCUAGCUGGAUUGGGCCUCUUACCCCGGAGGGGUAAGGUGCUAGAAAUUAGAACAAGUAUUGUAGGAGAACUGUCUAGACACGCGGCCCCGGACACACGGGGCCUCAGGUCGGGAGGAAUGAGCAGCUAGGGUUGCCCCAGGAGGAGCCUGGAGUCGGCGACGAUGCGCCCCCCAGAGCGGAGAGGAGGGUCGAGCCGCCGCCAGCCCCCAUCUGGGCGGCCCCACCGGAGGCGACCUCCCCAGUCCAGGCCUGCAGACACGGCGCAUCACCGGAUCGCGCUUCAGGACCUGGGGAUCCUCGCACUUCCUAUGGGCGAAGAUUGCCUCGUUUACGGCGACCACGCCUCCCCACCCCACGCACUUUGGCGGGAACUUCAGCCAGUGGUUUCAGUAUGCUGGGUGCGGCCGCAUCUCCUCCCUCUGCCGGCCACCGGGAGCGACCCCGCUGCGCGGACCUUCGCCCGCCCGCCAGAGCCUCCCCAACAGGCGGAGCGACCUCCGGAAACCUACGCGGGGACCUUACUAGUUAAGGGCCGGGAGCCUCUCCAUUAGAGCAGCAUCUCCACAAGUUCUCGUCCGCGUCGGGCGGGAGAGGGGGCGAGACGAGGAGACGGAACAGCUGCCUCCAAAAGGCAUGAAGCACCUCUCUCUGGUCUUAUUGGUAUUUUUUGUUUUCUUAAUAAAGCGCCAGUCUCUCUCAUUUGAGCAAUACUCUCUCUCAUUUCCUCUGAUGUCUGGGUGAUCGGCGGGGCCGGAAUCCGAGCGCCGGCGCCGUGGCAACGCAACAGUCUCAUAAUCAGGCUCCAGCCAGAAGAAGAAACUGCAACAGGCUUCACUGUCAGGGGUGAAACUGUUGGAUAAAUAAACUAUUUAUUAAAAAUG